CCGCGCUCGCGCAGGGAUAACCAGUUUCGUUCUAGAAGUAAACAAAUAAAGAGCUUGGAGGAUCGUCCGGCUAGCGCCAUUAUGGAUACGUUAAAUAUAAAACCGUUAAUUAACCAUCAUUCGUGGUCUCCGGACGCGCCUGCUGGCGUGGAGGCCACAGGAGCCGCAGGGUCGUAUGCACCGGGCUCCGCCGUCGCGUCCACCUCGUCUGAGGAGCGCGCCAUCCGCCGCGUUAUGGGCCGCUGGGGCGCCGAGUGGUUGAGCUGACUCGACAGCCCGGCCUCCCCCCUUCCCGGCCCCCACUGGCCGGCAGACCACCCCCUGCCGCCCCCGCGGUGGGGGGCUCCCCGCCCGGCGCUGCACCUCACCCUCCAACAGUACGAGGAUCUGGUCGCGAAAGCCGAGGCGCUGCUGAGCCGUCUCGUCGUCUCAGAAAACUAUGACUCUGUCAACAACUUCCUUACUCUCUAUGACGCGUACAUGGCCUCUCCUGACCCGGCACUUCACGAAUUCUUCCAAAAAUACAACCCGCCAAUCAGACCCAAGAAGAACACCUGUGUGGGAUUAGGCAUGGAAGUGAUGAAGAAGCUUAAAGUUCUGGAGAAGGACUUCCCGGGGAUUACCAAGUCGAUGAUGCUGGUGUCUUGUGAUGAGAAUAUUGAAGACCUGGUUGACUACGCGACGUCGUUCCCUGGCCCACAAGGGUUUCUGAUCGAGACAGAGAAGGACCACGUGAUGGCGGCGAUUCACGUGAGAAUCGCCGGCCGACCUGGCGUGUUCCUCUCUGACCUGGGCUACCACAUCUCCAGGGUCGUCACCGUUAUGGCUGAUCGAUGCUACCCUCACACUGGUUGGUUCACCCAAUCAGACGAGCCCCACUGCCGCAAGGAGUAUAUGUACCAGCUGAACCUCCAGAACACCAACUACAUAGAGUGGCACGAACGGGAGACCAGGGGUGCCAACGUGAAAGAGCGUCUGUCUCUCAUCUACGUCGCUAAAGCCUACCUCACUGCAGUCAGUGUCACCGAGAAGAGAAACCUGGUCUGGGACUUAAGGAGUCUUCUGGCCAGGGACCCCAAGGGCCGUCUGACCGCUGGUAUCUACUUCCCGCUGAAGCCCAAAACUGUGGAGUUCACCAUCUUCUACGAAGGCAACAACGGCAAGCAGAGGAAGAAGAUGAAGUUUGAAACCUUCAUGGAGCUGCAGAAGAUACCAGAUGAAGUAGUAGACGAGGUUGAGCAGUGUAAUGACCAGCUCCGCCUGCGUGAUGGCGAGUUGCUCUCCAUCCUGAAACGCCUCGCCACCAUCGUGUCAGACGACGAAUAUAUGGAAGAACUCCUCGAGGUGAAUAACAAGAUCGUUCAGCUGUCCGUUGGUGCGUAAGGAUCCUGGGACUUCCAAGGAACUAACGUUGGAUGGGAAUUUCGAAGAACUGGAGAACUUGGGAAGGAACCAAUACCGUUGGGAAGGAGUUUUGAGGAACUGAAGAUUGGAAUGGACGGAAAAUUAUUUGAAAUUGGAAAGGGAUUCUCUAUUCCAUUGCAUUGAAUAGUUUUUUGAAAUAAGAAUGAAAACUGGAAUCUCAUGUUUUUGAAAUUGGAAAGGACUUUUUUAGAGAUUGGAUUGGCUUUGAUGAGAAUUCUUCACCAAUCUCUUUUUCGUCACCGGGAUUUCUUCAUCUUCUGGCGUAAUGGUUCCAGAAAACGUCACCUAACGUCGUCUUAGAGUAAAGCAGAGGGUUUAUUAUCUUCUUUCUUUAUAAAGUAGUAUUUCUUCAUUAGUUCUUCACGGUUUCUCUUUCAUUUAGAUUCAUGUAAUAUUUAGUUGCUUAGUAGUCGUAGAAAUUAACAAUCUUUCUGAGACAUUAAAGAGACGGUUAGCAAUGGGAAAAAUAAAUAAAAAAAUGUUGAAAAACAUAA